AUGUUUCAGCGUCGAAUGCUCUCGAAGGAUGACGAGGCCACCAGCAGUGAAGAGACGGAGGUCCGUCGUGAAGACCAAGAGAAGAUAAACCGUUUCAGUCGGUUACAUCAACGAGAAGCUGUGUUGGAAGCGCAGCUGAAAGUGAAGCUGAAGGACAAGGAAGACCUUGAGGAGGUCUCUGCCGAACUUGACUUGGCUGAUGAAGAUGUUCCAGUCCCAUACAAAAUUGGUGACUCGUUUAUGUCGUUGCCUUUAUCGGAAGCACAAGAGAUGCUUGCUGCUUCUACAGAGAAAAUUGAUAAGGAAGUAUCCGAAGUAGAGGAGAAGUUGGGAGCGCUAAAGGAGGAAGCACAGGAAUUAAAGAUUGCCCUCUAUGCACGCUUUGGAAAGAGUAUUAAUCUGGAGACUUAA